UCAAACACCCACACACACGUAAAUUAAAAACAAAUAGUUUUCGGAACAGUAACACCUCCAGUUUAGCCACGCCAACUUUCACUAUUACAACGCUCACUUUAAACAUAAUGCUAUAACCCCUGCACUACUGUAUUAAUAGAGAGGGAAGUGUUUUUGUUUCACGACUCUCAACGGUGUGGUGAGGUUAGCUUGCUAGCUUAUCGGUUUGAAUGCAGCUAAUGCUAACAGCAUGUCACCUCGUGCGAACGUGUUUGCACAUAAAAGGACAAACUCCGCUCACAUACUCGCCAUUGUUCCCAUACGAGGAGACAGGCCCCAGUCAUGGAGGAAGACAGUUCAUCUGUGACAGAUCACUCCUCAGACGAAAGUGACGUAGCCUUCGACAUUGAGUAUGUCGUAGAAUCGGAUACCUCCACUGAGCCUGAGGACGACAAAAAGCCCAAGUAAAAGGAAGGCAAGAUCCCCCCUUGCACUGUUUGCAACAAAAUAUUGGACAGGCUUUCCAAACUUAACAGGCACCAAUCUGUCCACAUAAGGCCAAAGACCUUAAAGACUCACUAUCCCUGUCUGCAUUGUGAGAAGACUUUCACAGAAGAAGAGAAACUGGUACGACACCAGGAUACCCACAACCGGAAAAAGGAGCACCCGUGUCCCGACUGCAAUAAAGUGUUCAACAAGCCUUGCAGGCUAGCGCGGCAUCAACCCAUCCACGCCAGGAAACCAAAGGUGCCCCACCAGUGUUCCUUCUGCUCCAGGACAUUCGAUAAACUGUCCAAGCGUAUCCGUCACGAACGAAUGCACACGGGCGAGAGGCCUUUCACCUGCUCCUUCUGUAAGAAGGGAUUCUCUGAGAUGGGUCACUGCAAAGCUCACGAAAAGAAGACGCACAUGACAAUCCGGAGAAGCCCCACCGCUGCCCCGACUGCGACAUGUCCUCCUUCAAGGCCUCGGAACUCGGUCGACACCAGCGCACGCACACUGGGGAGAAACCUUUUCAGUGCAGCGAAUGCGGCAUCACCUUCGCCAGUUCCGAGAAUCUGAAGAGACACAUGAAGAGCCACACGGGCGAGCGGCCGUACGUCUGCAUCACUUGCAGCAAGGGAUUUUACUCCCGUCAGGAUUUAAACAUUCAGUUCCUGAUCCACUCGGGAGAAAAGCCCCACCUGUGCCCCGUGUGCGGCAAAGGGUUUGCGCAGUUGGGUAACAUGAAGGACCACAAAAAGAACGUCCACGUAAGGUCCGGCAAGUACGUUUGCAACGAAUGCGGGGCCACAUUCGCCAGGUACAAGUCUCUGAACCUGCACCAACGGGUGCACACCGGGGAGAGGCCUUAUCUCUGCCUGCCGUGCGGUCGCAGCUUUUCCUGGCGUCACUGCCUCAGCAACCACCGCAGGACUCAGGCUCACAAGCAGAUGUUGAGCGACGCGGCCAAAAGCCUAGAAGAUUUUCAAGAGCUCGUUGAGGAUCCGUGCAGUUGAACACUGAUCUGGCACUGGCCUCGCAAAACUGGUGCCAGACAAGCACUAACUUUUUGGCUGCACGAGACCCCUUUGUUUCCUUUCAGUUGUAGUAAGUAGUAAUAAAGAUAAUUUGGACAAUUUUAUGUGGGACAGUUUGGGAAAGGCCUUUUCUUUUCCAGCAUGACAGUGCCACCAUGAGCAUUGCAAGUAGAGACUGAUAUUUGACUACAUGUCCAUGACUAAUAUCAGUUUAUACUUUUCCAACAGAAAUAGUCGUUUGCAUCACAACUGGGCCGCAGAAGUGAGUGUCAAGGGUUUUUCUGAAGAAAUAUAGGGCUUAACCCACCCACGUUUGCCCAAGAUCAGGGGUGUCAAACUCGAUUGCACAUGGGGCCGAAACUCAAAGAACACUUCAGGUUGCGGGCCGGGUUUUUUAACUUAUCCUCAUGUUUUGUCUGGUCGUGCUGUCUUAGAUUAAAUUCCUUAAGUACAGCAAUAUUAGCUCCACAAAUAAGACACACGGGUUUACCGGCAAUGUCAGUAAACAUAUUCUCAGCCUCCCAUCGGUUUUGAAGAUUCUGUUUUCGGAGUCAACUUUUCUCUUCGCCAUUGUUUGGGGCUAACCGUUAGGUUCAAAUUGAUGCUGCGGAAAAGACGCUCGACUUGAUUGGUCAGGGACUGUUUCCGGCUCGCGCCGCUGGCCUAUCUGCAGCUGUUGCGCUGCAUUAUGGGAUCUGUAGUUUAUAUAUUAUUAGAGCGUCAUAUUGCCGGGCCAUUAAUAAUUACAAUAUAAAAUCAUCUCACGGGCCGGAUACAAUUGUACGCUGGGCCGGAUGUGGCCCUUGGGCCGGAAGCUUAACACUUAUGCCCAAAAUCAUCAACGACCCAGUAAUCUGAAUUGAGAUUUAUUUCUAACUACAUUAUGCACAUAUUGAAGAUAAUUGCUGAACAUGUGCAAAACUGCAAACUAUGUCGUACCGAAUUGUGGAGCUAUAGCGGGAAACUGUUUUUCACAAAAAUAAACAAAUCCAUUGAAGAACCACCACAUACAGACGUCUGCACGACAUGGGAAACGGCUGGAGAAUUCCGUGCGUCAAGCUACUCGUUGAACCAAAAACAAGAGACAACAACACGAAGAUGAGGGAACAGAAACCCCGAAAUGCAAACGAUCUGAAGGCCAGUAUCAAUGAGCGCCUCCAUGCCACGCCAGCUUGAUGCUGUAAUCAAUGCAUAUUACUUUACAAUUCAAUUUUGUGAAAUACUCUUAUUUUUAAAAAAAAUUUUGUCUUUCUGACAAUCAUCAAAAUUGAAACAAAUAAAGGCUUGAAAUAUUUCACUUUGUGUGUGGUGAUCUGAUAUAACAUACAAGUUUCAGUUUUUGGGAGAAAAAAAAAUUGAAAUAAAUGGACUUUCCCUCGAUAUUCAAAUUUUUUGGGCCCGCACCUCUGUUUUAAGCCAAGUUAUAUAUAUUAGUGAAAGAUCACCAAUACAUUUAACAUAAACCAAUAUCCUCCUGUCAUUGUUACUCAUGAGUUGUCAAAAUGUUCAAGUCCAAAACACAUUUUGGAUAACUUGUUUUCAAAUCAGAAGUCAAAUAAAAU